AUGUUAGAAGCUGAAACACUCAAAGAUAACAUAGAGACACAAACGAUAAAAUUAUCUCCCGAGGAAAUAGCAGAAAUGCAAAAGACCUUUAAUGAGGCACUUUCCAAAAUAAAAGAUUGUUUCGGUAUAUUGAAUAUGAAAACCAACAGUUAUAAAUCGGCAGUUGAUUAUAGAGUUCAUGAAAAACAAAAGACAGUGAUAAACUUCGUUAGUGAAUAUCUUCAGAAAACUUUAGAGCACGUUCGUCAACCGAAAGAUGUUAAGAAACCAAAACCAUUUCAUCUAAUAGUGAACGGCCUUGGCGGUAGUGGUAAAGGCUUCACCAUCCAAAUAAUUGAAGAACUAAUGAAAAAUUACUGUGUAGCUGAACAAAGAACACGAAAUACUCCUCGAUUUAAAACAGCCAUGAUUAAAAUAGCCUUUACAAGCAAGGCCGCAUGUAAAAUAGGUGGAUACACAAUUCAUACAGCACUCGGUUUGACAUUUGAUAAAAACAAUAUUGACUGUAAAAUCAAUGAUUUAAAUAUGAAUUCCAUGCGAAAUAGGAUGAGAGGAUUGAUUCUGGAUAUAAUAGAUGAAGUAUCAUUAGUUUCAAAAGAAUUACUUGAGACAAUAAACAUCAAACUAAAUAAAAUAUUUGACACGUCUGAUCCAAAUAAAUUUUUUGGAAAUUGUUGUGUGAUUAAACGUCUGGGUCAUUUAAUUACGCAUCCACGUCCAACAUUACUACAACAAUUAGAAGGACUUGCUCAUAAUUUAUAA